AAUGAUUAUCGAGAACAGCUGAUGUUCGUUGUUUGGAUUACGAGAUUGUAAAUAGAAAUUUUGAAAUUAUAUUUAUUGGCUGUGAAAUCGUUUGUUAAUGGCUUUCCUACUGAGACAAGUGGCCAGGACGGGCCUGCAGAGAAAUCUCCUAGCGAUGCGGUAUGUCUCCGCUUCUGCAUCCGCAAAUCCCGAGCUCAGUGUUCAGGUGAGCGAGAGCUGCCUGAAGCGACUUCGUGAGAUCUGCGUGGAUGGAUCUUUUCUACGGGUGACCGUCGAAGGCGGCGGCUGCUCUGGGUUCCAGUACAAAUUCGAUUUGGACUCAAAACUCAACGAUGAUGAUCGGGAGUUCGGCGAGGAUAAGGCCAAGGUAGUGAUAGACACCGUAUCGCUGGAGUACUGCAGCGGAGCCACCGUCGACUACCACACUGAACUAAUCCGUGCCGGAUUCCGCAUGGUAGCCAAUCCGCUGGCGGAGCAGGGCUGCUCCUGCGGCUCCUCUUUCUCGAUCAAGUUGUAAAGAUAAGCACCUGUUAUUCAACGUUUAAACUUUAGAGAAUUAUUUAAUACACAUAUAAUGUUCAGUUA